UUAGUAGAUCGCAACUCGUGGUAGUCGUAAGCGAAUAAACCAUUUCCAUUUCGGUACUGCCUACGGCUUACGGCAAGCGUCUUGCGUCACUUUGAGGCUAUGUUUGACGACAAUUUUCAGUAUUAUCAGUGAAUUCAUAACUGUUGCAACUGCUGAGAAAACUCGAUCACAAUUUUAAGGUAUCAAGCGAUCAAGAUGGCGAGCGAGGAAAUAUAUAAUCGAGAGGCCAAUAAGAAACUGCAGCCCAUAUUUAAAAAUCGUUCAUUUCAACAAAAAUUUCGACAGACUAGCACCACUGGAAAGAAACGCACUUGGCGAUCGUUGAAACAAGUCUUGGCUCAAGAACGUUCGUUGCCAUGGCCAACAGCAAUAAAACAUUAUAGUUCCAUCAAUGCACCACCUAGCUUCAAACCUGCAAAAAAAUACUCGGAUAUUUCUGGAUUGCCGGCACGAUACACGGAUCCACAAACUAAAUUGUAUUAUGCCACCGCCGAAGAAUUUGCAACGGUUCGCAGUUUACCGAUGGAUAUAACGGCCGGAUAUUUGGCUUUACGUGGAGCGUCUAGUAUCGUUGGUUAAAUGAUCCGAUACUCGACAUAGCCUAGCAGUUGUGACUACAUCUUGACCUAUAUAUUGGCAAUCCAAUUCAAUCAUCCAGUGAUCGUUACAAGAGUUUACAAUUUAUAUUUUAAAUAUAUAAACAUCUAUACAUUUUGCAAUAUGUUGCUUUUAACACCCUCGAGUUUCUUUCUCGUUCACAUUCACGAAGAACAGGGAUACAUCGAUAGGGAUG